AUGAUAUCAUAUCAAGAGCUAUGCCAAGGAACAAAUAACUUUUGUGAAAGCAACUUGCUUGGAGCUAGAGGUUUUGGUUUUGUGUACAAAGGGAUGCUAUUUGACGGGACAAUUGUUGCUAUUAAAGUUAUAAAUUUGCAAUUGUCGGGUGCUUUCAAAAGUUUCGAUGUUGAAUGCAAGGUCUUACAAGCAAUCCGACAUAGGAAUCUUGUUAAGGUUAUAAGUACAUGCUCCAACCUCGAGUUCAAAGCUUUAGUACUGCAAUACAUGUCGAACGGUAGCCUUGAAAGGUGGUUGUACUCUUAUAACUACUACUUGAAUCUUAUUCAAAGAGUAAACAUUAUGGUUGAUGUUGCAUCAGCAUUAGACUAUCUCCACCACGGUCAAUCAGAAUCUGUGGUACACUGUGAUUUGAAGCCUUCCAAUAUCCUUCUGGAUGAGGACAUGAUUGCACACGUGGGUGACUUUGGCAUUGCAAAGAUUUUGGUCGAAAACGAGGAUGCUACACAAACCCAAAUUCUUGGUACACUUGUUUACAUCGCACCAGAGUAUGGGUUUCAAGGAAAAGCGUCCAUCAAAUGCGACAUUUAUAGCUACGGUAUAAUAUUGCUGGAGAUGAUCUCAAGGAAGAAACCUACCGACGACAUGUUUGUAGGAGAAUUGACUUUGAGGCAAUGGAUAAAUAUGUCAUUUCCUGACAGAAUCAUGGAAGUUGUUGAUGAAGGUUUAUUGAAAACAGAAAAUGGAAGGGAUGUAACUGUCAUGCAAAAUGUUCUUUCAUCCAUCAUAGAAUUGGGCUUAAUGUGUUCUAAAGAGUUACCAUAUAAAAGAGUCAAUAUCAAAGAUGUGCUUGACAAGCUUAAAAAAAUCAAACGAACACUUUUUGAAAACAAAAAUUACUCAUGCAUGCUUCAGUUGGCCCAAUCUUCCACCACCAGCUUUACCGAUCAAGCAGCUCUCAUUGCCUUCAAAUCUAAACUCACUUCCGGUCCAAACCAAACUGUCUUGGCUGCUAAUUGGUCCACAGCUACAAACUUCUGCAAUUGGAAUGGCUCAUGCAGCAGACGCAGGCAAAGAGUCACUGCUUUGAACCUUUCUUACAUGGGACUGAAGGCACCAUUUCUCCACAUAUUGUAUUCCAAAAGGUUUUGGAAGUUUAGAAAGCUUGAAGCGCUAGGUCUUGGAGGUAACAUCUUAACCGGUAAUAUACCUCCUACCAUAAGUAACUUGUCGAGGUUAUUUGAAUUUGCCAUUGAGGAAAACAACAUUAAAGGAAGCAUUCCGAGUGAUUUAUGGCGCCUUUCCAAUCUGGGACAAUUGCUUUUACAAGAUAAUUAUCUCACAGGGACAAUCCCCCAAAGCCUUUUCAACAUCUCCUCUCUACAAAUAAUCUCCUUGGUUAAUAAUUCCCUAUAUGGCAAUCUUCCAUCAAAUUCUGAUUUUUCCUGCCCCAGUCUUGAACGUCUAGCUUUUGGUAUCAACAAAUUUAGUGGUCUCAUCCCAUCGUAUCUUUCAAAUUGUUCCAAGCUCGCCGUAUUAGAUUUAAGUUCAAACAUACUCUCUGGACCAAUACCAAAAAGUCUUGGACAAUUGAAAUAUCUUCGAAUUCUUGAUCUGGAAGAGAAUCAACUAACAGGAGAACCUGGAGAUCAAGAGCUUAAUUUCCUUUCAUCUUUCUCUAAUUGUAGAGUUUUGGAAGACCUGUCCAUAUCCUACAAUCCCUUGGAUAGUACUGUCCCGGAUUCUAUUGGAAACUUUUCAACCACCCUUCACUCCUUUCUUCUAUUUGAAAGCAAAAUAAAGGGUCAUAUUCCUAUGAGUAUAGGUUUCUUAAAAAACUUGACCUGGCUUGGGUUGGGAAAUAACAAUUUGACUGGAAAUAUACCGUCCACAAUUGGGGGAUUGGAAGGGUUACAAAGAUUAGAACUUGGCGGUAAUAAAAUUCAAGGAUUCAUUCCAGAAGGCAUAUGUGAAUUAAAGAACUUGGGCGAGUUAAAUCUCUCACAUAACAAAAUCUCUGGAUCCAUUCCAAAUUGCAUUUCAAACCUCAAUCUUCUCCAAAAGCUAUUCCUAGAUUCUAAUAAAAUAGAAUCAUCAAUACCAAUAAAUUUAUGGAGCCUUGAAAAUCUAUUGUUUUUGGAUCUAUCAUCAAACUUCCUGGGUGGAUAUUUGUCUCCAAACAUGAAAAAGUUGCAUACUAUUGAACGCAUGGAUUUAUCUCGGAACAAAAUUAUUGGAGAUAUUCCAAGCAUCAUUGGAGCAUUUGAAAGCCUAAAUUAUUUGAAUUUGUCAAAGAACUCAUUUCAAGGAGAAAUCCCACAAUCUUUCAGAGACUUAAAAGGAUUGGAUAUCUUAGAUCUCUCUUACAAUGAUCUAUCUGGUGCAAUUCCUAAGUCUCUCGAGACACUUUCAUAUCUCAAAUAUUUGAAUGUGUCUUUCAACAAGCUAUCUGGAGAGAUACCAUCUAGCGGGCCUUAUGCAAAUUUCACAGCUAAAUCAUUUUUAGGAAACAAAGCACUUUGUGGGAAUCUAAUUUUUGGAGUUUUACCUUGUCCAAGUCUGAGAUCCAAAGGAUCAAACGUGAAACAGAGUCUGUUCAAAUAUUUCCUUCCUGCCAUUGCUUCAAUUAUACUCUGUCUAACAUUGGUCUAUAUGUUGAGAAGACACCGAGAAAGCAAAAUACAGCUUCCAAAUUUAUUUAGUACAUUGUCUUUAUCAAAGCAUAGAAUAGUAUCAUAUCAAGAGCUUUGCCAAGGGACAAACAACUUUUGUGAAAGCAACUUGCUUGGAGCUGGAGGUUUUGGUUCUGUUUACAAAGGCGUGUUGCUUGAUGGGACUGUUGUUGCUAUUAAAGUUCUAAAUCUGCAAUUGGCCGGUGCUUUCAAAAGUUUCGAUGCAGAAUGCAAGGUCUUACGGACAAUCCGACAUAGGAAUCUUGUUAAAGUCAUAAGUACAUGCUCCAACCCCGAGUUUAGAGCUUUAGUACUGCAAUACAUGUCGAACGGUAGCCUUGAAAGGUGGUUAUACUCUUAUAACUACUGUUUGAAUCUUCUUCAAAGAGUAAACAUUAUGGUUGAUGUUGCAUCGGCGUUGGACUAUCUCCACCAUGGUCUAUCAAAAUCUGUGGUGCACUGUGAUUUGAAGCCUACCAAUAUCCUUCUAGAUGAGGACAUGGUUGCACCCAUGAGUGACUUUGGCAUUGCAAAGAUAUUGAUCGAAAACAAGGAUGCUACACAAACCAAAACUCUUGGUACACUUGGCUACAUUGCUCGAGAGUAUGGUUUUGAAGGAAAAGUCUCCAUCAAAGGUGAUGUUUAUAGCUACGGUAUAACAUUGUUGGAGAUGAUCACAAGGAAGAAACCUACCGACAACAUGUUUGAAGGAGAAUUGACUAUGAGGCAAUGGAUAAAUGCAUCACUUCCUGACAGAAUGAUGGAAGUUGUGGAUGAUGGUUUAUUGAGAACAAAAAAUGGAAGAGAUGUAACUACUAUGCAAAGUGUUCUAUCAUCUAUCAUGGAAUUAGGCUUAAGGUGUUCUGAAGAGUUACCAAAUGAAAGAGUCAAUAUCAAAGAUGUGCUUGUGAAACUUCAAAAAAUUAAACUGGCACUUUCUGAAAACAGAAAUCGGGGUAUCUGA